AUGAACAAUGAUGCCGAGACCGAGACACAAUCCACCGAGUUCCAGGGCCCCGAGCUUAGGGAUCUUCUUCUUGAGUCUUAUUCAGAGGAGAGGACACUUGCGCAUCCAAGGCAAGAGGCACAUCGGCGUAACCAUUACGAAUCGAGUGCUCGAAGGAUUCCCUUGCCCUUCGGAGUCUCUUUCUGUCCAGCCGGGUUUGCAAGCCCCCAAGACCAGCAGAACGCCAUCGACGCUGCGAAGAAAGCAAAGAAAGACCACGAUGAUGCCCAGAAGACCGGAUACGCGCCAUGGACUCCGACAAUCUGGUAUUCGUCAGGACUCCGUCACCCAACGAUAGAGGACCCAAGUCAAGCAGUGUACGAGCAGCCACCGAUGGAUCCGAAGAUAUUUAAAUUCAAGUUGAAGCAUGAAAGUAUGAUGGCACUUUGCGCUCGGUCGAGUGAUGUGCCACGAUACGGACAUCCGUAUCAAACGGUUCAUCCCGAUCAACCAGAAAGCAGAUGUCCAGGGCAUAUCGCAUGGCGAAAUCGGGUCAUCCAGGUAUGGAAGGAGUCCAGGUCUUCCGACAUCCGCCAAUGCACCAACGCCGACACAUUCCACUCUGACGGGACCAAACCCUGCAAAUGGGAUUGGGGAAGGAUAUUUCAUGAGUAUGCGUUGGCGCACGAUCGCUCAAAGAUGGAGAACGAUGACUUGGAUUCCAUAUUGGAAUGGUUCCGCCAACAGCAUGUCGGAGAACCAAGGUUCCAAGGCCUUGAGCUGGGUCUACAGUUCCCUAUCACCGAUGCUCAUGCGAACAGAUACUGGGUGCCAGUCCAAUCAUCAGAGGCUCCAUAG